AUGUGCAGCAAUGUUUCUAUCAUCUGCCCCAUCUGCACAAAGGUUGCAGCACCAUCUCGAGUUAUGGAGUGCGCUGAAAAAUCCGGCCGUUUCAUGAACGCCACACCAUGCAAGACUAGCGACAAUAAGAUCAUCGCCAUGAACUCCUGCGUUCGAUGCAGUAACCCUGAAAGACCAUCGAGUCCUACCCGCAUUCUCACAGGAGACAUCCUAAAAGACCGGUGCUGGAGGAUUCCAGAAUGGCACCCUACAGCACCAAAGGAACUCAAUCCUUCAGAGGUCCUUCCAAAUUGGAACUCCGAGACCCUGGCUCUCAAGCAAAUCAAAGAAUUCUUCUUCGAGCACAUUCCACGAAGCCAUAAUUUGGUACUGCUGAAUCGACAAGGUUUACCAAGUCAACGAAAGGGACUCCCAUUGUGUUUGGUGGCUGGGGUGAAGCAAAGACCUGCACGUGCUUACCAAAGACCUGUCCCUGUUCACCGACGACCUCCAAGAUUUACAGCAGUGACAACAUCACGACGGCAGCGAGCAACAAUUGCUUUGCCACCAUCGGCGUGGGAAAAUCGUCGUCAAAACAGCCAAUUUGGCGCUGCACCAUCAACGCGAGCUUCAUCACUUCAGGCAAAUUUUGCACCGGCAGGAACACCAACUUGUUUAAUCCCAGAGGGCAUCCGUCGACAAAGCAUAAUUCAAUAUGAAGCUUCGCUCGCAAUUCCAUCUAUGCCAGAGUCACUGAAAAUCCGGCUACCGGAGGAAGCAUGCGCUCCCCCCCAAGCUCAAAACACCAAAUCAAUCCCCUCAUCCGCCACAUCAAUUCAUUCGGGUUAUCUCCUUCCAGGGCCCUCACCACAGGUUGAGACAUUCAGCCCCGUUACACACGCUCAAAUUCCCGCACAUUACGAUGUGCGACCCAUUCUCACUCCACCACCUCUCCGUAUUCCUACCAGACAACAGCGAGUCCAGGAACGCGAACGACGAAAGACUCUGGACCAAAUCCAAGAGCGAAUCCGAGUGCGCCAAGAACGCGAACGUCAAAACCAAGAACGUGAGCGUCAAAACCUAGAAAGCGAACGAAUUCGUGAAUUGCAACAACGUGGGGAUCAAAGAUCCCACUCCGAAGUCACACCUUCAAGGACUGUCAAUGAUGUGCAAUUUCAGAGCGUGCGACCCAUCAAGUCUAAGCGAAGUCUCAGGCAGCUUUUAAAGCUUCGAUAG